CGCCCAUUACGGGAUAUAAAUCGCUAAACACAUUUUGACCAAUGAUAUUGUGAAUGAUCGCGUCAAUUUUUUUUAAAUUGAAAAUCAAAGAAACCCAACAACACCAAUAAAUUAUAAGUAAAAUUUGAGCAUGGACUUCUAAUAAGAACAUAAAAAAGAGAAGAAACGCAGAAACGCAUAGUACAAAAAACUGUAAUUUAUUUUUGAAAAAUAAUUAUAAAAUGCCUCAAAUACAUUUCAUAUUUGUUUCGAUAAUACUUUCUUCGUUAUUCCUGGCCGCAUCGGCCAUUGAGUGCUAUCAAUGCGAAUCUGUCUAUGAGGAGGGAUGCGGCUAUAUUUUCGAUUCCGAAGAACAUUUCAAAGUGAAUUGUGAUUACAAGGCGCCACCGCGUUAUAUUCAAAAGUUGGUGGAAAAUGCAAAUGCCACAGCCUGUAUGAAGCGGGUGUACAAAGAACACUCCGUUACCAAAUAUUUACGUAGCUGCUACUAUGGUGAUGUCAAUGACACCAACAUCGGUUGUCGCAUGGAUCCAUCUAUGGCGGAUGUGCAUGAUGUCCGCUGCUACGUGUGCGAUGACGAAGAUUACUGCAAUGCGGCGCCAACUUUCAGCACUCACACGAAUUGGUGGUCUAUAUUCGGAUCGUUACUAAUGUUUAUUUUAACUGCAAAAAUUCUAAAUAUUCAAUGUUCUAUGGCAUUUGUAUGAAAUGGAAUUUAAGUAAUAUUUCAGAAUAUAAUUCGAAAAUGAAAAUAUGUCCAAAACGGAAAAGUCCAUAUAGAUGUGUAUGUAUGUAGUCUUAAAUAGGAUUAGAAAUCAAUUGUGAAAAUAAAGAAAAA